AUGGUAACACCACAUAACUCUCUUCUUCAAUUUCCCACAAAAAAGAAAAAUAUAAUUAUGAUUGGUUUGGAAUCUUUGGAUACUACUUACUAUUCGACAAAGAAUGGUGGUUGUAUAAACAAUAUAAUAAUUAAGAACAUGGAAGAGAUGGCACUUGAUAAAAAUAAUGUCCAUUUUUCACAUUUGAAAUAUCCAAAACUUGGGGGAAUGAGUACAAUAUCGAGAACAGGGUUUACUUUAGGAAGCACAUUUGCGGCAUUAUGUGGUGCUCCUUUCAUGGGGAAGAAUGAGCCAACUGGAACGACAGAAGGAUAUUUAAACAAUUUAACAUGUUUAGGAGAGUUACUAAACGAAGCGAAUUAUAUUACUUCAACGACAUAUGGAAGUCUUCCAUUUGACUGGGGAUAUGGUCAUAUAUUUGAUUAUCAUCAUUAUCAAAGAAUUAAUGUUGUGGGAGAAAUCUUGAAAAAUCAAACCAAUAGUUUUUGGUUCGAUGAUUAUUUAACAUAUGGCGUUUUCAAAACUGAACUCAACUUUCUAUCAAAACAAGGAAAACCUUUCUUUGCAUUCAUGCCAACACUUGAUACUCAUGAGCCAGGUUCUUCGUGCUAUUUAUGCCCUAAAGAAGAUAAUAAGAUGCUUCAGGCGGUAAAAUGUGCCGAUAAUCAAUUGAAAAAUUUCUUAAGUUGGGCAAAAAAUCAACAAUGGUACAAUAAUACUGUCUUCAUGAUAUUUGGUGAUCAUGUGACAAGGGAGAUUGGUAUUCAAGAAAUUGCUAAAGCGCAAAACUAUAAAAGAGCAUCAUAUGACCUUAUUAUCAAUUCAGAAUUAAAGUCAAAUAAUACUUAUGAAAGAUUGUUUACGUCGUUUGAUCUUAUGCCAACAGUUCUAGCUGCGGCAGGAGUAAAGAUAAAAGGAGAUAGAUUGGGUCAGGGUGUAAAUUUAUUUUCAGAUAUUCCAACUCACUAUGAAACCUAUGGUACUAAAUUUGGCAAUAGUUUUGAUGAUGUAAACAAAUGGUAUGAAACUGUAAUCAUGCAUAAGCCAACUGCCUGUGAUGAUUCCAACCCUUGCAUUUUCAUGCAGUCUUUAAUACUUGAUACAAAAUAUUCAAAUUUGAACAUAUCAAAUUAA